AUCACACAAGGAAAAAUAUUUCCAUUUGAUGUUAGCUUGGCAAUUAGCUCUAUGUGGCUAGCAGGAACGAUAUUCAACUUCAGCUAGCUACAUAGCAAAUCGUGUUCUUAGCUCAACAAUGCAGAGUUCCUUGCAAAGCCACCACAGACGAGCUGGAGUCCCUCUGCCGUGUGGAGGGAGUGACGUGCAAAGAUCUGGGAAUUAGAAAGCAUAACCUGACUGAAUAUGAAGUGGAAUAUCUAUGCAGCUACAAAAGGGUAGUCCCAACAGAAAAGCUAAAGAAUGGAAUGACUCCACCGCCACAGGAGAUGUUUCUGGUGAAGUGGCGUGGCUUCCCCGAGUCCAUGAACACGUGGGAGCCGCGCAAAAACCUCAAGUGCGUGGGGCUCCUGAGCCGCUUCUGGGACGACCUGGCGCUGGAGAUGCGGCGGCAGAAGCGUCGCGCCGUGCCCCGGCGCCUGGACCCCGCCACGGCCUCCCACAUGGUGCAGCGCGCCAAGCUGCACGUCACGCUGGGCCACUGGGAGCGCAAGCUGACGGCGCUCAACAUGCAGCGCGGCGGCGGCGGCCGCAUCUUCGUGCGCAACGACGUGGACCUGGAGGGCCCGCCGCGCCACUUCACCUACAUCAACGACUACAAGGUGGGCGAGGGCAUCUCGCUGACCGAGGUGGCGCUCGGCUGCGAGUGCACAAACUGUCUGGAGGAGCCGGCGAACGGCUGCUGCGCCGGCGCUUCCCAGCACCGCUUCGCGUACAACGAGCUGGGCCAGGUGCGCCUGCGGCCCGGCAUGCCCAUAUACGAGUGCAACAAGCGCUGCCGCUGCGGACCCGAGUGCUCCAACCGCGUGGUGCAGCGCGGCAUUCGCUACUCGCUGUGCAUCUUCCGCACGGACAACGGUCGCGGCUGGGGCGUGCGCACCAUGGAGCGCAUACGGAAGAACAGCUUCGUCAUGGAGUAUGUGGGAGAGAUCAUCACAACAGAGGAAGCGGAGAGGCGAGGUCAAAUCUACGACAAAGAAGGAACCACGUACCUGUUCGACUUGGACUAUGUGGACGAUGAGUACACUGUCGACGCAGCCCACUAUGGCAACAUUUCCCACUUUGUCAACCACAGUUGCGAUCCAAAUCUUCAAGUCUACAACGUUUUCAUUGACAACUUGGACGAGAGGCUACCAAGGAUAGCCUUUUUCGCCACACGCGCCAUCAAAGCUGGAGAGGAACUCACCUUCGACUACAAAAUGCAGAUUGAUCCAAUGGAUGCCGAAAGCACAAAGAUGGACUCUAAUUUCAAUGUGACUGGGCUCCCGGGCUCCCCUAAGAAGCGCAUGCGUGUGGAGUGCAAGUGUGGUGUGGAGUCCUGUCGGAAAUACCUCUUCUAGAUUGGCGAUGCCAAAAAAAAGAAACUGGAUACCAAAACCAUGUGUGUGCAGAACAUGAUUGCAUGAAGAAUGUUUUUAUUCAACCAUCUUUGAGAGAUAUUAGCUUAUACUGAAGUGUAUGUAAGUGUCAUUUCUUUUCUUUUCUUAACCUUUCUUUUUUCGGAGAAAAAGUUGUCUUCUCAAGUAUGUCGAAGGACUACAUCCAUAAUGCCCUCCAGCUUAUAUUUCUGUUCGAAAAAGAACUCUGUAGUUUAUGUUUUAUAUACAUUUAUUUUUUUCCCCAUGGAUACCGUUGUGUAAAUAUGUAAAGCACUUUUUUUAGAUACAAAUAGAUUUGCUGUUAUUUAUGUCAUUCUCAACGCCCCCUUCCCUUUUACUUUUUGGCAUUUUGACACAUGACACCAGUUAUAUUAUUUCAGUACUGUUUCCCUCUCUUUUUUAAAGGGACAUCAUUCACACCUUGUGAUUUUAAAUGUUUAUAAAAUAUUUGUUGUAAAUUCAUUAGCAAUCAUAAGGGUCAGUGUACAGGGAGCUAUUCGUGGUAAUUUAGGGGGGAUUGGUAGCGAUUGUUUAUCACUGAGAUGAUUUUUUAUUUUAUUUUUGCCAUUUUCUAUUCUUUUUUUUAUUUGACCCUUUAAAGUCAUUUUUAAUGUUUUAUACUUUUUUUAUUCUGUACUUUAAAAAAAGAAAUGUGAUAAAAUAUUUUCAGUAAAUGAUAGAUGUAUUGCCUUAAACCUAAAAAAAGAAAAGAAAACAGAACUGGCUCAAUUGAUGUACUCUCUUGUUUUUGUGUGAGUGAGAUGAGUACACGCAGCCAGAGGCAGUUGUAGUCUGAUAUUGUUACAAUUGAAAUUCAAAUUGAGCUAAUUAGCUGUUUUGUCCUGUUUAAAAAUCAUGUAUUUUGAUGAUAAAAUGGGAAAGCCUUACUGUAAAACAUGUACUGUGAAAUAAAAGGUUACCCCAGAAACACAAUUUCAUAGAAUAGGGUUUUAUAAAGGUAUUUUUGGCAGAUGUUCUCAAAAUUGAUAGUUUUUUUUAUCUGAUCAUUGAGUAAAAUGUCUAUCUCAAAGCUGUUUAUUGGUCAUUUAGAUGAACUGAUUUAGUAGAUUGUCUAUGAGGUCACACUAUUGCCACGGUUCCCUUGGUCCUGAAAAUGUUGGAUUUUGGAAGAUUUAUUUUUUCCAGGCCUAGAAAUUUCAUAUACACUACUCACAAAAAGUCUGGGAUAUCUGUCUUUCUGGUAAAAUUUCAGAAUGAACAUGAAAUCCACUCUAACUUUUACAUGUGAAUUUAACAGUUCAAUGUUUCAGUACUUUCUGUACAUUAAAUUUCACCCGAAAGCCAGAUAUACCUAACUUUCUGAGCAGUGUAUCAUAUUCGAUAAAUAAUGGAUUUAGAAAAGUAAUUUAAUUCAUUUGUUCUAUUUAGGUCUAAUGAAGUUUGUGUUUAUCGAACGAAUGCAAGUGUGAUGGUGUUUUCACUAUUAUUAUGGUGUAACUUAUUCUAACGAUUUCUAACCUUUUAGUAAAUAAAUUGAGGUGGUUGUUUAUUUUUCAUUCAAUAAUUAA